GAGAAUGAGAAUGCGACACAGUUUCGCCUGUUUGCUGGUGCUGGCCGCGAGCAGCGCUCUGGUUGCCGCCGACUCCAAUUGGGGCAAUGAGUGGGCACCCAUGGAGACGCCCGACUCCAUGCUGAGCAGGCGCUCGGCGGACACACAGCCCGCGGACGAUGCGCAGGGACGGAACUAUGCUGUGCACGAGAGCAUACAGAGCAAUGCCACGGAAAUCGACACAGUCAUCGAUCAGCUAAUCAAUUCACGCCGCGAGGGCCGCAAUCUGGGCGAAUAUGAUGCCGUCUACGCUGAUGGCAACAUCGAUCAGGCCCUGCAGGAGGGCAACGAUAUGCAGGCGCGCAAUCUCAUUCGCGACAAGCUCUGCGGACUGGGUCUGAUGAGCUGCGAUGUGGAGGAGAAACGUCCUUUCUACUCGACCAUCUAUGCACAAGGACCACCGCCACCAUCCGGCUUUGGCGGCGGCCCAUAUGGACCAGCCAAGCCCAUGCCACCACCAAGCUACUUCAAUGGACGUCCGCCAAUGGGCCCACCAUCCAACUCCAUUAACUCCUUCGGACCACCACGCAAAGUGGGCUAUGAGGGCUCCUACAAGCCUCCGAUGAACAGCCUGUACAGACCUGGCGGUCAGUUCGGCGGUGCCUACCUGGAACAUCCCCCCUCCGGUAUUGAUGGCUCGGAUGGCAUUACCUACACCAAGCCACCACCUGGCGCUCUCAUCUACGAUAGCAAACCACCUGGCCCGCUCUACACUGGCUCGCCCAACGGCCCCGGACCUGUCUACAACGGCCCCUCGAAUGGUGUGCCUCCGUACAACUUUGAGAAUCCCGAGAAGAUUCAAGGCGCCAGCUCCUCGCUGAACGGCUUCUAUUCACAGCAAUCGUCGUCAUCAUCUUCGGCAGCUACCUCAUCCAGCACCAAGGUCGUUGUGGGUGCUCCAAUCGAUGCGGGUCUGCAGCAGCAUGUCCAUCAUCAUUUCCAUCAUGUGGAUGGCGGCGAAGGAGCCAAUAUUCCGAGUGUUCCCAUUCCAAUUGGCAAUGGUCAGACAAUCAACACAGACUUCAGCGCCUUGGCCCAGUCCUCUGCCACUUAUACGCCCCAGGCACAGGCUAGCAGCUCAGGCUUCUCGCAGUCGAAUGCUUUCACAGCUGGCUUCAAUGGCGCCUCACAGGGCGGUCUGCUCUCCCAGGGCUAUCCCGCACAGAAGCCCGACUUGUACAAGCCCACAUCCGGCCUGGGUAGCUUCGGCAGCAGCUCUGGCCUGUCACAAUCCAGCUCUAGCUUUGGCCAGAACGGUUUCAGUGGCUCACCCAGCGGCAGCUACCACAGCCAAAAUCCCGACUACUACAAGAAGGAACUGCAAGGCGGUGCCUCCAGCAACUUCAAUGGCGUCUCCUCAGGUUACAAUGGCCAAAGUCAGGGUGGUCUGUACCAGGGCGCCGGCGGUGGCUAUGACACGUCUCGUCAACAGAUCGUCGAUUGCCAAUGCGUGCCCAUCAAUCAGUGCCCGGCCGCUGAUCGCAUUGGACGCAAAGAGGAUCUGAUUCUGGCUAUUGAUCCCAGGAAUCUGGGCAAGGACAUCGAAGCGCUGAGCGACGAAGCUGCAACCAAUGCCAAUGCUACCGCCAAGGCUGACACCAAAGAGGAGAAGAAGGAAGCGGACGAUAAGAAACGCACUCGUCGCCAGGCCGAUGCUGACAACAAGCAGGAUGAGAAUAGCGAUCUCUCAUUGGAUUCCCAAGGGCGUCUAGGCGCACUGGGACAAGGUCCGCUGCCACUGCCACUGCCCGCGCUCCAAGCCAUUGAGCUCAUACAGCGCAAGGUGCUACCCACAUAUGGCGUUAGCUUCGGUCUGCCCUAUCCCUCGGCUGGCUACCCAGGCGGCUAUCCGGGCAAUGUCCUGGGCGAUUAUUACCCCGCACAGAAUCCGAACUUUGGCUCGCUGGGUCCCAAUGGCCUCAAUCUGGGCCUGGUCAAUGUAAAUCCUCUGGUCUCGCUGCAAGUGAGCAAAACGGAUUACGGCGAGAAGGUGGUGAAGCCACUGGUCAAUCUACACGUAACACCCAACGCAAAUAUCAUUCAGAAAGUUGGCGAUUUCUUCAAGAAGACGCCGAGUGAAGUGCACAGCACGCACUACCAUCAUCACGAUCACUUCAGUGGCUAUGAGCAUGAACAUCAUCCGCACCACUAUAGCGCACCACCAACACAUCACCACUACGAUUUCGAAAGUGCGGGCCCACACUUCGACGUGGAGAUGGUGCACAGCUCACCAGUCUUUGAGUACCACAGUGGGCCCUCACUAUAUGUGCCAGCACAGCACUAUCAUCAUGCUGAGCACCACACCGAGCACUACGCUGGCCAUCACGUGGAGCACCACUCGGAGCCACCAUUUGAGCACUCAUACAAUUCCAUUUAUCCCGAAACAUCUCACGGAGACUUCGGCUCCACUGGCUUUGGCAGCUAUGGCGACUACUCCCAGCAUUACGAGCGCAGCGUCAAUGCCAGUGCGCCCGACUCGGCAGUGCCGAGUCGUCGGGGCAAGCAACUGAAUUUGGGGCAAGUUCAUAACAUACCCGCCCAAGCGCCUGGCGCUGCGGCGGGCAGUGAUCAUGUAACCUUUCCCCAUGAUCGCAGGCGAAGAAGCGUUGAUAAUGCGGAAGAGUUUGAGUUGGGAACGGAGCAGCGCGCUUACUAUGGCAAUCGUCCCGUGGAGAAGUCCUGCCGCAUCAACGAGGUCUGCUGCCGUCGUCCACUGCGCCCUCAGGCUCCUCCUCAGCAGCUGGGACGUUGUGGUGUCAGGAAUGCUGCCGGCAUCACUGGUCGCAUUAAGAACCCCGUUUACAUCGAUGGCGACAGUGAAUUCGGCGAGUAUCCCUGGCAUGUGGCCAUCCUGAAGAAGGAUCCCAAGGAAUCGAUCUAUGCCUGCGGCGGCACUCUCAUUGAUGCCCAGCACAUCAUCUCAGCGGCCCAUUGCAUUAAAUCUCAAAAUGGCUUCGAUUUGCGCGUGCGCCUGGGCGAGUGGGAUGUCAAUCAUGACGUCGAGUUCUUCCCCUACAUUGAGCGCGAUGUUGUCUCUGUGCACAUUCAUCCCGAAUACUAUGCUGGCACGCUGGAUAACGAUUUGGCUAUACUGAAACUGGAUCACCCGGUCGACUUCACCAAGAACCCACACAUCAGUCCCGCCUGUCUGCCCGAUCAGUACUCCGAUUUCACCAACGCUCGCUGCUGGACCACCGGCUGGGGCAAGGACGCCUUUGGCGAGCACGGCAAAUACCAGAACAUCCUGAAGGAAGUCGACGUGCCAAUUCUGUCGCAUCAUCAGUGCGAGUCGCAGCUGCGCAACACGCGCCUCGGCUACAGCUACAAACUCAAUCCAGGCUUCAUCUGUGCCGGCGGCGAGGAGGGCAAGGACGCCUGCAAGGGCGAUGGCGGCGGUCCGUUGGUCUGCGAGCGCAACGGCGUCUGGAAUGUGGUCGGUGUUGUGUCCUGGGGCAUCGGCUGCGGCCAGGUGAACGUGCCCGGCGUCUAUGUUAAGGUGUCUGCCUACCUGCCCUGGAUUCAGCAAAUCACACAGAGCUACAAAUGAUUAAUGGAGACAGUCCCAAGAGCGGGGCCCGUCAUAACAAAUGACGACACCUCCGAUCAAUUCGUAUUUCACUUUUGAGCCGCCAUCUCCAUUGCGCAACGCACUCUUUGUUAGCCCACGCGAGCUUACUGUUACCGCUCGUUACCAUCUUGUUUAGGCCUUUUCCU